AUGGUAGCACCAGAUAAUCUUGUCAGGCUAACACAGGUGAAGGUUAUCCAGAACUCAGGAUCUAGCUUUCCCAACCAGUAUACAUACUAUAUUUGUCUCAACUUCACUAUCAAGGCUCGUUCCACACCCUGGUUUGAAGGGCAGUGCUCAGUGAAUGGAGAACCUAUCCUUCAGUAUAAUGAAAGUAAUUUCACACCUUUGGGUGACCAUGGAAAAGUGAUAUAUAACACCAAAGCAUGUACAGAUUUUAGCCAACGUCAGAAAGACAUUGGAGAAGAGAUGAGAAAGCAAAUACUUAACACAGAACAAGGAGCAGACAAGACCAUGGGCCGUCACACCUUGCAGGUCACUAUGGAAUCCCAAUAUAAACAAGGACAACUCACCGAUUCCUUCUGGAAGUUCACCAUGGAUGGACAGUAUUUCUUCUACUUUAAUCCAAAGAACAAGACUUGGGGCGUGAUACAUGACGAAUCUAGAGGUAUCAUGGAGAAAUGGAAGAGUAACAGAGAACUACAACAACUUCUAGCGACGUUCUCCAUGGGGGAUUCCCCACACUACCUCAAGCAAUUCUUAAAGCACUGGAAGGAAAUGCCAAGUGCUCCCUGCUGCUGCUCCUCCUCUGUAGACAGAUCUCCAGUCUUCAUCACCAGCUGUGUUGGGUGACUCUUGAACAUUGCCUGUGACUUCUUCAGCAAACCAAGCAAACAUAUUCCU